AUGCCUUUCACCUUGCGCUCGGCGUCCUCUCGCGCGGUCGAGCCCUCGGCGCCCGACGUCUCUUCAAACAUUCAACCUCGUCGCGUCCCAGAGGACGUCGUCUUCAAGGUCAUCGAGUGCUGCGACGACCUCGCGCACAACCGCACGGCGACGCUCCUGAGCCUGUGCCGCCUCUCGAAGCGGUACCGCCCGCUCGCCGAGUCUCUCCUGUACUCGCACGUCAGCCUGUGCGCCUACAACGGCGUGCGGUCCGGCACCGCGCUCCACACGCUCCUGUGGUACCCGAGACUGCGUGCGUCGGUCAAGUCGGUCAAGCUUGGGCUCGACGACGCCGCACUCGUCCAGGAACCCGCCAUCGCGCUCCUCCUCGGCGACCUCCAUAACGUCGACGCGAUCGAGACCGACUACAUCGGCAUGGCGUUGCUCAAGCUCCUGUCGUCGCCGAGGGUCCGGAUCCGCCGCUUCAAGACCUGGCCUGGUCGAGCGAGCGUACUGAGCCCGCGAGAGAAGUCGACGCGGCUCAGCCUCGCCGUCGACGAGCACCUCGACCCGGGCCUGUUCGGACCGCUCACGGCGCCGUUCGUCCACCAGCUCGUCGGGCUCCGCCUGCCGCUGUGGCACGACCUCGCCGGGCUCAACCUCGGCGCGUGCUACCGCCUCGAGCACCUCACGUUCGCCGUCUCGCCCAUUCGCGGCGCCGCGCCGUACGACUCGGUCUUCCAGGCGGCGGUCGUCGCCCUCGGCGUGGCCAGCUCGCUCCCGUUCCUAAAGUCGUUCGCCGUCUCGGGCACGCUCUCGGUCUUCAACCCGAUGCGCUCGGCCUCCCUGGACCGGUUCGAGCCCAUGCGGCCUCACCAAGUUGCGCCGACGGCGAAAACCCUCCUGUACGCCAUCCCGCGCCAGAUCCAGCACAUCUCGCUCGUCACCAACGCUUUCCACCCGGCCGACGUCGCCGUCUACCUCAUGAGCUCGUACCGUCCGGCGGGGCUGAGGACGCUCAGGGUCGGCGACGAGGUCGGGCACGGACUUGGCGAGAUUCGGCGUGACGAGACGGGGCCGCACGGCGGGCUCAGGGCGGCGCUUGAGGCGGCGGCGGUCGAGGUGACGACGGUCGCUUGA